CUCUAAAUACUUUAUUAAGAACGCGCUUGCGCGGAACAAGUAAAAAAAGAACAAUCCUCGAUCAGCCUCCCUGUUCGCCAACAACAGAACCGUUGAUAAACUUCUCUAGCAAUUUUUCUGUUAUUAAGUAGCGUCGAAUUGUUCUGGGACAAACGGUUCACAAUAUGACUUAUAAUUUUUUGAGGAUUUUAAACCAAUCAUCGCGGAUUCAAACCUGCACCAAUAUAAUAUCGCCUUUCUUAGCUAUGGGAACCAGAUUUUUAUCAAACACCACCAUUCCUCCGCUGGAGAGGGUUGGAUUUAUUGGACUUGGAAAUAUGGGGUUUCACAUGGCCAAUAACCUUCUAAAAGCUGGAUACAAUCUUGUUGUGUAUGACAGAAACUAUGCUGCAAUGGAAAAGUUUGCAGAUAGAGGCGUAUCUACUGCCAUUACACCUCUCAAAGUAGCAGAAGCUAGUGAUGCAGUGAUAACCAUGCUACCUUCAUCACCACAAGUUAUGGAUGUGUACCUGGGAUCAGAGGGUUUUCUGGGCAAAGGAAACAUUUCCAGACCAUGGCUUUUGGUAGAUGCAUCAACAGUUGAUCCUCAGACGUCCAGAAGAAUUGCGAAAAGAGUUUCUGACUGUGUUUUAACAGCAAAUACAUAUAACUGGGGAGCUCCUGUGAUGCUAGAUGCACCAGUAUCUGGGGGGGUCCUUGGUGCAGAGGCCAGGACACUUACAUUUAUGGUAGGAGGUCCACAUCAUGCUUUUCUUGCAGCACAACCAUUGCUGAAUGCCAUGGGAAAACAAAGUAUUUACUGUGGAAAAUCUGGAAAUGGUGCUGCAGCAAAGAUCUGCAAUAAUCUAGCCAUGGCAAUCAGUAUGGCUGGUAUAUCUGAAGCUCUUGCCCUUGGGCAACAUCUUGGCAUUAGUGCAUCAAUCCUAACUAAAAUAUUUAAUUCUUCAAGUGCUCGUUGUUGGAGCAGUGAUUCUUAUAACCCUGUGCCAGGGGUUAUGGCAGAGGUUCCCUCAUCAAAGAAUUACGAUGGUGGAUUUUCCUGUAACCUUAUGGCCAAAGACUUGGGACUUGCAUUGGUUGCAGCCAAAGAAGUUGGAAUAGAUUCCCCUCUGACAACCCAAUUGCAUGAAAUAUCACCAUUGGGCUUGAAGGGAAAAAUUGUGCAACCACUUGGUCAAUGUACUCGAUUCUGUGCAGUGAAAGUAAAGGAAACAAAGAUUUUUCGUGUAUAUUUCAACAUAAAUAUUCAGGUCAUCCUGAAGAUUCAGAGCAUGAAAGUUCUUCUGAAAAGAAUGGAAAUAACAUUGUUUAAAAUGCUACCCUCAUUAGAGUGAAAAUUUGUAAGCAAAAUAAAAUUGGCGGUCAAGAAUUUUGUAGAUAUGGUUACUGGGUCACUUUAUUUUAAAGUCCAUUUGUUGGCGUGUAUGCUUUCUAUAUUGCUAAGAAAACACCAGUUUUCUUGCAUGAAGUUGUAAUUAAGGAGUGGACUUAUAUGUGGUAGGUCAUGUAAUGAAACUAAAGUUGUUUUUAAAUAUGGCUUCAUAGAUGUUCAAUUUGAUUAAGAAGAUCAAGAAGGCAGAUAUUCGAGGUAGAAAAAGGUAAACAAUGAUGAAAUUCCUGCUUCUGCUGGAACUUUAUAUGAUGCAGUAACCACGAUGGGUUAAGUCAAGAAUAGGCAUCAGUAAAAUAAUGGCAUAGUCUUGAAAAUGUGGAAAUACAUAGUAGAGGGCUUGUAGACAAUAGCCUUGAUAAACCAAAUAGAUUCAACUGUAUGUUGAUUGGAAUGAUCUGAAGGUCAAAAAACAAGGAAACUAACAUAAUUUGUAUGUAGUGGGAGUGCGAUGAAACAAGUGUGAGUGAGUGACCAUCUUAAGGUAUUUUCUUGCCAAGCUAGCUAUUAUUGCUGUUUAUUUUCACCUCAAUGUCAUUAAACAUUAAGCAGAUCCUGUUACAGUAGAUUCUUCUCAUUUCAACAGGGUUGCUCAAUGUAUAUUUAUCAUAACAAAAAUUUUGGACACAGAUGUAUAAUAAGGAAGGAUGACCUUUGUGAAACCCUAAAUUUAAAGAACUGUAUAACUUCUUAAAAUUGAUAUAGAGAAUACAUUUUGGCGUUAGUCA